GAUCUGGAUGGGGUUGACAUCAUGCUGGGGGUCUGCUCCAAUGGUCUGAUGGUCUACAAAGACAAGCUGAGGAUCAACCGGUUCCCCUGGCCCAAAGUCCUCAAGGUGUCCUACAAACGCAGCAGCUUCUUCAUAAAAAUUAGACCAUCCGAGGUGGAGCAGUAUGAGAGUGCGAUUGGCUUCAAACUGCCCACUUACAAGGCAGCCAAGAAGCUGUGGAAAGUGUGUGUGGAACAUCACACCUUCUUCAGGCUGACCUCCUCGGAGAUGGUCACCACGCCCAGGAAGUUCCUGGCGUUGGGCUCCAAGUUCCGGUACAGCGGGCGCACGCAGGCCCAGACCCGCCAGGCCAGCUCCCUGAUCGACAGACCGGCCCCCAUGUUCCAGCGCUCCUCCAGCAAGAGGAACUCACGCAGCCUGGACGGAGGUACCCUGU